AUGGCGGAGGCAAAACACCUCCUGUUCUGCUUCGUAUGGCUUGCUGUGGAUUUAUUAUCAAUAGAUGCUCAACCGCCUCAAACAAACUUCGUACCACAAGGGAAUCCAUUUGGUAACGGACCAAAUGCCUGGGAUCCAAAUAUGUUGCGGUUUCAAAAUCAAUUUCCUGUGAUGCCAUUUAGCCAAUCACCGGGUCCCGUGUCGAACUUUCAAAUGGGUGGUGGAGGUAAUAACAUGCCAGGUCCCCCGGGUGGCAGAGGAGGGAGAUCGUGGAAUCCACAAAUGGGAUCAAAUUCAAUGGGGAAUUUCAGAGUCCUUCCUGCAAACAUGGCGGACAGUUUACGUAGCAGAGCUAGGAUGUUUAGCAACCAACAAUUUUCGCAGGCGAGCCCAGGUAAUUUGUUACCAUUCGUGGGUGCACCGCCACCUGGUGGGAACAUGCAACCAGGCCAGACAGCUUUCGGUGGAGCACUGGACUUAAGUACAAUGCCAAAUUUCUCGGAUAGAUUCGGUCUCGCGUGGGGAAACGAAUUGCUAAGACAGCUGUCACCACAACCAGAUAGUGAAGCGCCGUCGUCUUUCGGGGGAUCAGGUUCUUCACCUAACGCAAACAACAACAAUGCUCAGCAGGGUGGACAGACAAGUAACCAACCGAACGGUGGACCUGGCGGAUUCGGAAACAUGAUGCCACCGAAUGGAAUGAUGCCUCCAAAUGGCAUGAUGCCACCGAAUGGAAUGAUGCCUCCAAAUGGCAUGAUGCCGUUUCGAUCUCAGAGCCCUUUCCCAGGAAUACCAGAUAUUACUCAAAUGAAUCGAGGCAACCAAAUAAAUCCAGGGCAAAAUCCAGGCGGAAGUUUUCCUGGAAUGCAACCUGGACAGAUGCCACCUGGUAUGAAUCCUGGAAAUUCUAAUAAUGGAUUUCCACAAUUCGGAGGGGGAAAUACAAAUACAGGAUCACAAAAUCCUAACAUUCCAGGCCAAUUUCCUUCACCCUGGAUGGGCUCGCAACCAAAUAUGUUAAAUCAACAGGGAAAUCAAGGAAUGAAUAGAAAUGGCAUGCCUGGUGGUAAUGGAAUGCCAGGAAUGCCGGGUAUGAAUGCCAUGCAAGGAAUGAAUGGAAAUGCAGGCACAAAUGGCAUGCCUGGUAUGCCAGGAAUGAACGGAAUGCCAGGAAUGAAUGGAAUGCCAGGUAUGCCUGGAAUGAAUGGCGGAAUGCCAGGUAUGCCUGGAAUGAAUGGCGGAAUGCCAGGUAUGCCUGGAAUGAAUGGCGGAAUGCCUGGAAUGAAUGGUAUGCCGAGUAUGAAUGGAAGACCAGGUAUGCAGGGAAUGAACGGCGGACCAGGAAAUAAUAAUAUGCCAGGAGGUGGAAUGAAUGGCAUGCCAAUGAACAAUAUGCAAGGAGGAAAUACUAUGCCAUCUGGAAUGAAUACUAUACCAGGGGCGUCAAAUGGUAUGUCUAGUGGAAUGAAUGGCAUGCCAGCUGGAAUGAACAAUCUACCAGGUGGAAUGAACAGCAUGCCAGGUGGUAUGAACAGCAUGCCAGGUGGAAUGAACAGUAUGCCAGGUGGUAUGAACAGCAUGCCAGGUGGAAUGAACAGUAUGCCAGGUGGAAUGAACAGUAUGCCAGGUGGAAUGAACAACAUGCCAGGUGGAAUGAACAGCAUGCCAGGUGGAAUGAACAACAGACUUCCAACAAACAAUGGCAUGUCGGGAGGAAUGAAUAAUGGCAUGCAAGGAGGAGUUAUGAAUGGUCCGAAUGGAAUGCCAGGCAUGAAUGGAAUGCCGGGAAUGAAUGGAAUGCCAGGAAUGAAUGGAAUGCCAGGAAUGAAUGGAAUGCCAGGAAUGAAUGGUAUGCCAGGAAUGAAUAAUAUGCCUGGAAUGAAUGGAAUAUCCGGAGCUCAGAAUCAAGGCAAUAAUCAAUUUCCUGGAUUUCCUAAUUUCCAGGGAAAUGUAGGCACAGGAAACCCUAUGCCAGGUGGUGGCAUGCCACCAGGAAACAAUCAGCAAAUGGGAUUUCAGCCCCCACAAAGUCCACAACCGUUCAACCCCAGUCAAUUCCAACCAGCAUUUCCCGGCAUGACACCACAAGGCGGACCUGGUGCUCAGAAUACUAUCAAUAAUCAAGGAGGUUCAAAUGGAUCCCCUUUCCCUCAGAAUCCCGCAUUUCCCCAAAACCCUUCUUUUCCAGCAAAUGGCGGUUUGAACUCACAACAAAGCGGAAGUUCUAAUCCACUAGGCAGUUCACUACAGUUUCCAUUAGGAGGAACACCCAGUCAGAACCAGUUUGGCGCGGGUUUAAAUGGAUUGGCCGGGACUAACGCAGGGACCCCUUCCACAGCAGGCUCAGGUAAUAAUCCACAAGGAGAGGGUGACAUGGUCACAACGAUAACUGAUCAUGACGGACGGGUUUUAUGGCGAAGUGACGGUCAAGUUACCAGAACAGAAAUAAUGACAGCAAUCGAAAGACUCGCCAAUAGUGACAAUAGCUCCCCAGCUGCUGCUGCUUCUGCACUACCGUCUGGUGCUCAGUUUCUUGGUGGCAGCGUUGGGACAAGUGCUGCUUCUAACCCAGGUCUAGAAUCAGGGGCCGCUAGUCAGAAUGGUAUCACAUUUGGAACAGUAGGUUCUAAUACUAAUCCAAUCCAAAAUUUCCCAUUUCAAACUUCACCAAAUCAGGUUGAUCCGAUGAGCACAACAGUUCAUAGCUUCGUGGAUAACCCGAAUCGACCGAAUCCUUCAGCAGGGUCACGAGGCGGUUUGUUUGAACAGUUCCUGUCCGGAGGAGGCGGACAAGGUCAGCAGAAUAACAACGCUGGCAGUGGAACAGGGAACCGGAAUCCAUUCAGUCUAUAGACCGUCCGUUAUAGAGAGAAGAUGGUGACAGAGAGUUAUCACACGGCCGGCCUUGACCUUUAAUCUUGGUCCCGAUUCCGACAUGUUGUUAUGAUUUUGUCUAUAUGUUACCUGUUGUUUGGCAUGGUUCUGUAUAUUGGUGAAUAAUAAAACAAAUAACCGUCCGUGUU